UCAGAAGUCGGAUCCUGAUCGAAUCGAAACCUCAAAACAAAACAAAUUAAUUAAUUAGGGAUUAGGCCAGUAAAAAAGUUAAGAAUAUCAUUUUAAUCGUUAUCAUUCUAGCCUUUCUUUAAUUUUUUUCCAUUAAAUGUUCAUUUUGCAGAAUUUGUUUGAUUGUUGGUCUUAGUCAAUACCGCAGUGAUUUCAUUUUAGACCAACAUUAAAUUAUUGUAAAUUUAGGCCUAAUUUUACAAAGUGCAUGGUGUUAACUUGAAUGUUUCGGAACUUUUGCUUAGGAAUCAUUUGAUUUGAUUUGGUUGUAGCCUGUCCGAUUUCCUCCAAGGACUUCACUAAGAGACUAAUUCUUCUUAGGCAACGGCCUACCUACUAGGCUAGGGCUAGGCCAAGGCUUAGUUUUACUCAUCGUGAUUUUUUGAAUUCCCAACUAGGGUAUCAGCAAAUAAGUCGACCCAUUGAAAAUGAGUUCUACUAGCAAUCAAUCUUUCUCUGCCUCGGCUGCUUUAGCAGUUCUUACCAGCAAAAAACAAGGAAAACAUUACUUAUGCCAAAAUGAAGGGAUAAUAGGGAGAAGUCCAAGUGCUUUUUUAAGUAUCCCAGACAAUCACAUUUCCAGAGUACACUGUGUUAUACAGAAAACUGAAGACAACAAAUUUACCAUAUGUGAUAAGAGUUCAACUGGAACAUAUCUCAAUGGCCAAAGAUUAAUAAAGAAUACGGUUAAUGAACUCAAGCACCAUGAUCUGAUCAGAUUAUCAGAUUUGGAUAUGUAUACCUUCGCUUUUGUAAUCAACAAAAAACGCCUUGGAAUUCAAAGUCCUCCAAGAGGAAUGAGUGUUUCAGAAUUAACAGAUCAACUAAAUGACUUAAACGAGAGUCAAUGUCUUGAGAAAGAAAAAAUGGAAAAAGAAUUUGGUCUUGUCAGUUUAGAGAUGGACAGAUUGCAGGAAGAAUUGCAAAAAUUAAAAGAACAUGAAAAGACAAUUGAACAGAAACGAUUAGAGGCGUCAAUAGAAUCAGCUAGUAAUAAGGAACAAGCUGAUAUAGCAGAAGCUAAGUUGAAAGAAGCUAUGGAAGAAAAGGAAAGAGUCGUAAAGGAGUAUGAACACAAAUUUGCAGAUGUUACGAAAAAGGUUGAGGAAUUGCAGCAAACUAGAAUUGAAAUGGAAAACAGGCACCAAAUAGAAAGAGAGGAACUAGAGAAGAAGUGUAAAGCUGAAAUUGAAGAAUUAAAAAAUAAAAUGGAACAUGCACAGAACCAACAGUUUGAAGAGUUGCAGAGUAAAUUAGAAGAAGCAAAAAAUGUUCUCAUAGAAAGUGAACUGGAGCAACAACGCUUAUUUGAAGCAAAAGCUGAAGUUGAAACUACAUUGGAGUCCAAAAUUAUUGAAUUAACAAAUAAUUAUUCCCAGUUCAUCCUACCAACUGGGCCAUGUCCUGUAGAAAUCCUUUCCCCAACCCAACAUUUUGUUGAUUCAAUCAAGUCGAAGUGGGCUGAAAUAUCCUCUCUUACCCCAAAUGAAAAGGAGAACCAAGCGGGUCAGGUCAAGGAGCUUGAAAUGAAGUUGAAAGAAAAAGAAGAGCAGGAGGAGAAGGUUAAAAGAGAAAUUGAUGGCUUGGAAGAUGACCUCAUGUGCAGUAUUUGUGCUGAGCUUUAUAUAGAACCUACUGCACUAAACUGCGGACACAUGUUCUGCAAGCAGUGCAUCACUGAGUGGAGCAAGAAGAAGAAGAUUUGUCCGAUGUGCCGAGCAAACAUUGUUACCACAGUGAGGAUCUUCAACAUGGACUCAGUGAUACAGAGAAACAUUCGAUUGAUGUCGGAAGAAGCCCAGUCUCGACGAGAAGCACUGAUUACAGAACGAAAGAAACGUAAGACACCACAAAAAAAGAAAUCUUCAAAGAAAAGGCGCAGUGAGCCUGAAAUCCCCAAUCAAUUUUACCCUGCUGAAAUACACAAUCCAUUUAACCGAUUUAACCCUGCUGAAAUGCCCAAUGCAUUGAACCUCAAUCAAAUCCCCAAUCCAUUUAACCCUGCUACGAAUAACAAUCCUGCUGGGCGCCGCCACCGCAGGCUCCGCAUGGAAAUUGCUCGACCAGCUGAAGAUACACCUCAAGAAUCAGAAGGGGAUCCAUUUCAAGCGGGAUGGUUGAGAGGACGGAAUCUGCCACUCUUGGCAGACUCAGGCAGAUUCUCUCCCGUCACCAUCGCUGCGGUCGAUCUCACCAACAUUCCAAUGGUUCAAAUUCCUACGCCAGCCGCCACAAGAGUGCACACUAUUACCUCCGGCGAGGCUAACACCACCAUUGACCUGACGGACUUGUAGCUGGCCUCGGCUCCCCCGACCAGUGAACCUAUAGAUCUUACUGGUCUGGACUCCAAAGUGAUAGACCUUACCUGAUUAUUAUGUUUUUCUGCCAAUUAGACAUUUGAUUUUUUAAAGAUGUCAAUUUCAAUAAGAGAUUCUAACUUAAUUGCAAAUUUAAAGUAGUAUGUUAUUGUUUUAUAUUUUUGUAAUGAAGAGAAAAUAUUUUUUAACAGUUCCAUGUGUUAGAAUUAAACCAAUGUAAAUCUUCUGAUUAUUAGAAUUAAAUUUCUGUACUUAUUAUGUCUUCUAUUUUGUUUUGAUUCUUCUGAUAGUCUUGAUUACAUUCAGUUAUCUCACCUCCUACAUUAUUAUUCCUUUCAAUCUCAAGCUUAUACCUUGUGGCAUGGUUGAAUACCAUUGUGUUGGGUAGCAAAACCGUUUUAUGCACCUGUAAUUUCUUUUUUUUCACUUGCUAUAUUUUACCAUAAUUUCUAAAUAACAGUUUGUCGCCCCUCAACCAGCACUUCUGAUGCAACCCAUCAAGACUUGGUUACAGUGCAAAUUGAGAUUGGUGACUGAAUGGACGUGCACCCAUUAGUCUUAUAUUUUACUUCUAAUAGUGGGAUUUUUACUUUGUGCAUUUUUUAUGUGUUAAUGGCUUCAAAUUGAAACGGAGAAAAUAUUUUGUUAGAUUAAAUGUGUAGUUUUAAUUAAAAUAGAUACGGUAGGCCCAUUCAAUUAUUGAUACAUUUUGUAAGAUAAAGUAUAUAAAUAAUAUGUGUAAAUAAAGUGAU